AUGCCUGUUGUUUCUGUGCGUAUUAAGGCAGAAAGUGUAAAAUUAAACUGGAUUGGUGUUCCUGUACCUAAAAAUAUUACAGUAAGACGGUUUUAUGAAGAUCUUAUUGCAGGAAACAUUGUUCCUGAGGUGCAGUUGAAUCAUAAAGAUCAUCUGCAACCAGUUAAAGUAGAGUUUUCAUUUAACACAACUGGGCCUUUUAAUGUUGUUAGUAUGGAAUGUAAUAUGAUCGAAGCAAUUGAAGCUUGGGGAAACAGAGUGCAGUAUUAUCAAACAGAUAGUUUAAUGUUACCACCUUCUGAAACGUCAAUUAAUGUUUUUGAACAAAUGAUGAACAAUGCUACCAACUUUAAUCAUCUACCAACAUUUACUAUCUCAGAACAAUCAAAUGCACUAGAGAAAUUAAGAUAUGAUAUUGUUGAAUGGAUUCGUGAAAAUAAUGGUGGAUGGAGCAAAGAUACUGCUAUAACAACCGGAAAAGAAUUUGUUAAAGACUUAGCUGCUGCAUUAUGGUAUGCAGAUAAAUGUGAUUCAGAAAAGUUGAAAAUCCGAGGUUUUGCUAUUCCUAUUGAAAUGGAACAAUCUGCAUGGAUUAGAAGACCUGCAUUUCAUUGGCUUGUUAAUCCGUUAGAGCAAUUAGCUACAAAUUUGUCUCAAUAUCAAGAAUUUUUACAAAAACAGCUAAUAACUGUAACUCAAAAUCAUUUUUCCUUAGAACCAGUUAAAAAAAACAAUAGUUUUCUUACUAUUUUACAGCCCAAUUUGGUUAGAAAAUCUCACAUUAUUGAUCGUUAUCAAACUUUAGUUGAUUUUCUUGAGCAAAGUAACUUUUGGGAAACAAUAAACAUCGAAUCAUUUCUUCCAAAUGAGCCUAUUAUCUUUUCCCAUCAAAAUUUAAAAAAUGAACCAUUUACACCUAUAAAUGCUGCAACAGCUGAAGAUAUUGAUCAAUUAUUUGAUGCUAUUUUAAAAUUAGAUCAAACUAUAUUAAAAACUGAUAAAACCUGGAAAUCUGUUAAAAAUAAG